AUGGAUGAAAUGAAAGCGCAGCGGCAAUUCCAAUGGAAGACGUUGCACAAACACAUCGAGAUGUGUGAAUUGGCCAAUGCCCUGACGCACACUCCCGCCCAGCUCAGUGCUCGAGAGUGCCGUUUGAGCAUGGAAAAGUUGCUGUCGAACAACAUCGACUUGCCCUUCAACAUCCGUGUCGUGGGAACGGAGAAAAUCCUUGCCGGCACUUGGCACGACCUUUUCCACAGCCCUCUGAACACCUCUGCGCAGGACAUCAAGAAGAUCGUGGACCAGAUGAUGAGCGUUCUCAUCAGCUGGCGACAUUGCAUGGGCGACGAGGUUGAGCCUAAGAAGAAGGCGAAAGAAGUGGACAUCUUCAGCUACAAUGAUUUGGCGGCAGAGUUGAAGACGGAGAAGGAUGAGGAGGAGGAUGAGAACUCCAAGGUGUUGGAGACGUUGGAGGAGGAGCUGGAGUCAUCCAUUCUCCAUGCCAUGGGUUGCGGAGAGUUCUUUGCGAUGAUUGAGGAGCCCAAGCUCCACGAGCGCCUCAAAGGUGUGACCGUGAGGUUUGUGACCAAGUACAAUGAAGACGACGUGCCGAGUUUGGACAUGAGUAAGACCGUCUCCAACGCAAUGGACAUUGUGUUCAAGGCCAUGGCAUGCUUGCUGGUUCUGUUGGAGCCGACGCCGGGCUACCUGGGGACCACUACAAGCCACGUGGCAAAAAUCAUGUCCUACAAGGGCAACGGCGGCGAGGACGAUUUCUUGGGUGCCCUGCAGCUGCACCUCCAAGACAACGGUAUUUGGCAAUCCAGGGUGGAUGAGGUCUUGAAGCUCGGAGGGAGUGCUGUAGCGUUCGGGGAACAAUUGAAAGAGCAUGUGGUGAAGAUGAAGUCGAUCUCGGAAGAGGACGGCUACAGUGAGCACUUCGUCCAGGCGGUCAACGCUUUCGACACCUUGAAGAAUGGCCUUCGCAAGAAUGCCGUCGAUCAGCUGCAGUCACUCAUCCGCGAGACGACGCAGAAGUACAUUGAGAAGCUUUGCGCCUCCACGACUGUGGCCGAGUGCGAUGGAGGGAUGAUCCAGGUGCUCAUGCAGGCCGUUGACAAGUUUCCCCAGAAGGACAUGUUGCAGGUGAAGCAGAAGUUUUUGAAGUGGCAGCAACGCAUCCAAGUGGAGCUGCACAAGCAGGAAGCAUCUGCGCUUGGCAACAAGAUCCUGAACGAAGCCGGGAACGAUGAGGCGGAGGUCCCGAUCGACGAGCUCGCGAAGCUUUUGGACAAGUUCAAGGCCGAGAAGGAGCUGAAGAACGAUGCAAAGCAGCUGCUGCAGCAGCUGGUUUGGGCCGCCAUGACGAAGGUCCACAACCAGGCCUCGAACCACAAGCGGCUUGCGUAUCAGAUUUUCAGCAUCCUUGACGGCUUCGGGAAGAUUGCCUUCGAUGACUUCGUGGCGGAAAGCUUGAAGUUGCAGAUGCAGUACAUGCAGGAUGGAUUGCACCUUUUGAAGCAACUGGACAAGUUCCGGAAGCUCGGCAGCGACUCUGCCGGCCGCCUCAAGAACGAUGUCAGGUGGGGCUCUCUUCUCGCGUACCUGAAGCAGUUGGAGGGCUUGCGGGUUGUCAGGGACAAGGCCAUCAGAAGCAUGGACAGUUUGGCGUCCUCAGCUCCUGCUGAGCAUGCCAAACUUAAGGAGCUGUGCUUCUCCGGCUUGGAGCGACCCUUCCAGGUGCCGGAGGACAUGCAGGAAGCCUUUGUCUUGGCAAUGAAGGAAAUGCAGAAGAGUGCGGAGGACCUCAUCGACAAGGUGGGUGACAUCACCAACAACCUGCACAUGCCGAAGUCCAGAUGGACGAAGGACCUCCAGCCGGAUGCUGCAGCCGAGACGGUGAAGCUGUGCGUCGCCAGCACCCUCGACUUUGAU